UCUCUCAAUAUCAAAAUCGUUCUGACACUUGUACGAACGGUUCCAUUUUUUAGAAACAUUUUAGAAAUCAUAAUGGAAAAGAAAGUCUUUAUUUUUUUGGUUUCGUGUGAAUUUUUCGUUUUAGCCCACAGUUUGUUCUGGAGCUCCGGCAAAGUAAGGACAUUUUACCUGGCCGCUGUAGAGGUAGACUGGAAUUAUGCUCCUGACGGAUUUAAUCUUGUUACAGACGACAUCAGUGUUGCAGCUACGAAGCUGAAUAACAGCCAUAAUAGGAUCGGGUCAAUUUACCGGAAAGUUGUGUACAAACAGUUUACGGACGACCGGUACGAAGACGAGGUUAUCUCCCCUCCACAUCUGGGCUAUCUUGGUCCGAUCAUGCGAGCGGAGAUAGGAGACACGUUGGAAAUUCACUUCAAAAAUAUGGCUUCCGGUCGGAAUUACAGUGUACACCCUCAUGGCGUGCUAUACGAUAAGGAAUCAGAAGGGGCUCUUUAUGUGGACGGGACCAACACAACGUUUAAGUUGGACGAUGGGGUGCCACCGGGAGGAAGUCACUUGUACAUAUGGGAAGUCCCGAGUAACUUCGGACCAACGAGAUCUGACGAGAACUGCGUGUCAUGGGCUUAUCACUCACAUGUUAGUUCUGUAAAGGACAUAAACACAGGAUUGGUUGGCUGUCUUCUCACGUGCAAACGAGGAGUGUUGAAGAGAGAUGGAUACAGGAGCGAUGUGGAUGACGAGUUUGUCAUCUAUACAGAAAAUGUAGAUGAAAAUGAAAGUUGGAAAAUACUAGAAAACGUGAACAAAUGUGGUAAUGCGUCAAACUGCGUUGAACUUCUCCAAAACAAAGACGCCAGUUUUAUACAAAGUAACCGGAUGCCAGCCAUCAAUGGGUUCAUGUUUGGAAAUUUACCAGAAUUAACUGCAAAAGAAUACGACAGAGUUGCCUGGCAUUUUAUGGGCAUGAAUGAUGGCAUGCGUGGAGUCACCAUCAAUGGGCAGACGUUUACAUACCGUCACAAAAGACUGGACACAAUUAGCACUUUUCCUGCAACGUUUGUAUCGGCUUUUAUGAAAGUUACCUCCCCUGGCAGAUGGCUGCUCCAGUCAAGGACAACAAAUGAAUACGAAGGUGGCAUGCAAGCAUUUUUUACUGUGACGGAAAAUUACUGGCAAAACAAACGUAAAAGGAUAAAAAUAGACCGGAAGUUCUUUUUGACUGCUGAAGAAAUCGACUGGGAUUAUGGCCCUUCGGGAACAGAUACAAUUGACGGCACAAACUUAACAGCCAAUGGCAGUUCUUCGAACUUAUACUUCAAAAAGGGGCCAAAUUUUAUUGGUGGAAUCUACAAAAAGGUCCGAUAUGUACAGUAUGAGGACUGUAAAUUCCAAAACAGAACUAAGCAUACUUCCGAUUCGGUACACCUCGGCGUUCUGGGUCCUAUGUUACGUGUCGCUGUAGGAGAAAAAGUCCAAGUCACUUUCCGAAACCUUGCGUCCCGAAAUUACUCUUUUUUACCACAUGGUGUGAAGUUCGAUAAGGAUGAGGAGGGCGCUUUAUACAGAGGAAGUCCGUUUUCAACCGAUAUUACUGGUAAAUAUGCCAGUCCUGGCGAGACUGUGACCUACACUUUCACUGUGCCAUGGUCAGUGUCUCCGACGCGCGAGGACCCCACGUGCAAUACGUACGUGUAUCAUUCCGCCGUUGACCCUACCAAGGAUAUACAUUCGGGAUUGGUGGGUCCAUUAUUGGUGUGUAAAGCCUGGAGUUUGGACAGGGAAGGCAGACAGAAACACGUGGACAAAGACUUUGCGGUAUUCUACCUGACGAUCGACGAAAAUAAGUCCUGGUACCUUGACGACAACAUCCGGGUACACACCGAAGACCCCGCCAGCGUAAACAAAGUAGAUCCGGCUUUCGUCGCGUCUAAUAGAAUGCAUUCAAUCAACGGGCGUAUGUAUGGUAAUUUACAAGGAUUGGAUAUGUGUAUUGGGGAUGACGUCACGUGGCAUGUUGCUUCCGUAGGGGACUUUGUAAGCAUGCACGGAACUUAUUUCCAUGGUAACACAAUGAAGAUUGAUGGCUCUAAUAGGGCUUCGAAGGUCGUCAUACCCGGAUCAAGUUUUACGGGCGAAAUGGUCCCCGACAACGCAGGAGACUGGCAAAUAGUGUGUAGAACCAACUUUCACUUCCGGACGGGCAUGCGCGUUCAGUAUCACGUCAAAUCUUGCGGUGGUUACCGUAACGACGCCAUCUACGACGUUUACGGGCGAGGCACCACGAGACAUUACUAUAUCGCCGCAGUCAAUAUAACAUGGGAUUACGCACCAGGCAAUAUGGACCUUAUUACCGGCCACAAUCUUAGCGACCCAAACACCAACGGUCACAUUUUUGUAAAGACAGAUGGGGGAUUUUUGGGUAGUUCCCGUGAAAAGGUCGUUUACAGAGAGUAUACCGACUCCACAUUCUCCACCAUGAAAGAACGGACACCGGAGGAAGAGCAUUUAGAAAUUCUGGGACCAGUGAUCAAAGCGGAAAUUUAUGAUACAAUUAUUGUGACAUUCCGUAACAUGGCAAGUCGGCCAUAUUCAAUACAUGCACAUGGUGUAUUAUACGACCAGGCCGAUGAGGGAAUAUUACAAGGCCAACCACGCGACGAUGCAGAAAACACUGUUGAUUCAGGAACCGGAAGUGGAAACCAGGUGUAUCCUGGGAGAACGUAUGCCUACACAUGGCGGGUACCUAGGAGGGCGGGUCCGGCGAAGGACUACAGGGAAUCUAAUUGUGUCACGUGGAUGUAUUAUUCUGGUGUUGACACCAUUAAAGACAUGAAUACGGGUUUAGUCGGCCCUAUCGUAGUCUGCCGGCGCGGCAUCCUGUCAGACGACGGUAGGAAACGACGUGAUGUCGAUCGAGAAUUUUACCUUUUAUUUAACGUUAUGGAUGAAAAUGAAAGCUGGCUGCUCUCAGAAAAUAUACAAAAAUACGGAUCAAACGAAACGAAUGUGAACGAUCCACAGUUUAAACUAAGCAAUCAAAUGAAUAUGAUAAACGGCAAGAUUUACGGAAAUUUGCACGGUUUGCAGAUGGAGAGAGAUGAGACUGUAGCUUGGUACGUUCUUGGUUUGGGAUCCUCGUUCGAUAUCCACACUGUGCAUUUUCAUGGUCAGACCUUCCUCCAUCGUGAUAGUGUGAUUCAUAGAGGGGAUGUGAUUGAGGUUUUUCCUGGAACUUACGAGACUGUGGAAAUGAAGACAGAUAACCCAGGUGUGUGGAUCCUUCAUUGUCAUCUUAAUGACCAUAUCAACCGAGGCAUGGAGGCUACAUACAACAUCACAGAACGAACACAUAAUGGAAACACCGGCUUCUUCAACUGGUUGGGCAGAUGAUUCUUUCCGGUUACCAUGGUGACGAUAACAAACUUUCAGGGUGGUUUUCAUUAAUUCUUAUUUAUGUCCCGAGUAACAUUGUUUGCUCUUUUGAUUCAGACGAAUUUUGAUUCUUGUGCAACAGGAAGUAUCAUCUGUUCUGAAAUCAUAUGAUGCUUUGCAUAUUUUUUAUUUUUAUUUUUUUUAUUAUUGUUUUAUUUAUUUAUUUCGCCCGUCUACCCGGAACCUCUUUUUUUUAAAUUUCACUGUUGUUGGCGUCAUAUUUUUAUUUAUUUUUUAUUAUUAUUAUUUAUUUAUUUCGCCCGUCUACCCGGAACCUCUUUUUUUUAAUUUCACUGUUGUUGGCGUCAUAUUUUUAAACUGUCGAGAGCUAAGAACCGUAGAAGGCGUGGAUGUUGGAAAUAUAAUGUUAUAAUUAUAUCCCGGAGCUGAAACGCCAACUUUCCUGAUACGUCUAGCUGAUAUCCUGAUAGCUUUACAUUGUAAAUUAACUUAUAUUCAAUCCAGACAUGCGGGUACAGUGAAUUCAUAAUAUGACAUGUAUAUGGUAAAUUUUAUCUUAUAUCUAUUUUUGACAUGUUCAUAUCAUAAUCAACUGUCCUUAUUAUUUUCGGUCAUGUAUAUUUAUUUCAUCAUUUUUGUUAUACGGGAAAAGACGGAUUAUAAGUUUUAUACUUGUGUCUAAUCCCAUUUGUGUUUUGACAAUAAAAUAUGUUUAAAUCAAAAUCCUGAUACCUUUACUUUGCCAAAUUACGAAAGUUGUUUGUUUAAAUUGCAGAGCUUAGUUAUUGAGUAUAUUGUCUCGAAUAUUUUGUUUUCUGAAAGUUCGAUAUCGACAUCGACAUAUGAAGUUCGCUGAUGUUUACCAAGGAAAGCAACAGAACCCCUAGGUCAGCUUGGUUUCAUGUAAAACCAGAUCCGGAACUAUCAUUAAAAUAUAUUUUAUUGAUGAACCGUCCUUACUCUCGGAUCUCAGAUAAAGUCAUUUUAAGUUUUAAUGAUGUGAUAUUUCUCACUGUUCGAGAAGUAACCCUUAAGCAAAUCCAUUUAUAUACAUGUAUUUAGAAAUCCUGACGUAUUGUAUGUACUUGCGUACGACAGACAACCUCUUUAAUUGACUGUCACUUCCUAUAUUUUGUAAAAUAAAGUAUUUGUAAUAAACUGAUUAUAUUGUU